AUGGCAUUUUGCAUCCAAGCAGAUUGGGGACUUUUAUCUUUAUGAACAAAGCACUACUAGAAUGGACUCUGUUCUGGGAUUUAGAAACCGUUUCGCUUUAUAUUAGCAAAAACUCUUCAUGUUCUUUAGCUUGUUGACAUAACACGCACCAGGAUCCCUCAUAUGCCACAGUAAAGGAGGUGUUCCAGCUCUCCUGGGUUUGAGGCCUGCUCCUCUGCUUUUGUUUCCUGGGACGUGCAGGCGUGGGGGUGGUUUUGAGAGGUGGAAGGCAGGCCCUCCAGUGCCCCUCAUCAGUGGGAAGGAGAAAGAGUGUAGGAAUGAUAGUUUCCUGGCUUUGCUGGCUUUUUCCUUUGCUUUGGGCUAGGUACAAAUGCAAAUGCGUUUUUUGGUGGCGCCAGCUGGCUCGGUCGGUAGUACGUGUAAUUCUUGAUCUUGGGGUUGUGAGUUUGAGCCCCACGUUGGGUGUAGAGAUUACUUAAAAUAAAAAAAAAAAGCUUUGAAAAAAAAGGAAAGAAAAUGCAUUUUUGGGAUGAAGGUUAUGAGAGGAUAGUAGUGGGAGAAGUAGAAAAGAAAAGUUUACAAUAUAUUACCUUCUAUAAAGAAAACUCCCACAUUUUGAUUUGGGUAUUUCUAGGUCCUUCAAAGUAGUGUUAAAAUUAUGUGUACUUGUUUUGUGUAAUUUGUGCAGGCUCAAGAGAGUUAAAGGCAUAGUACAGCCAGAAAACUGAAGGCCUCUAAAAUUUGCAUUCACCUGAAAACACAUUGUUUGGCAGCUGACAAGAUGUUGGGGUAGAUUAUUUGUUGAACCAAUGAAUGAAAUUAAUCCGAAGUUUCUUUUGAAAAAUAUAGUUCUCUUUUCUGUGAUUUUAGAAUCCAGUCUGUAGUGUAGUAUUGAAGGAAAAAUGAACUGGGAAGUUAGGAGUGGCAAUAGUUCUUCCUAUUGCCGUGUUUUUCAAUCUCCCUAGACUUCAGUAUCCUUGUCUACAAACUUUUGAGGUGUUUUGUAGAUCAUCUUUUUUUUAAGUAGGCUCCGUGCCCAGAGCAGAGCCCAGUGCAGGGCUUGAACCUCGCGGCCGUGAGAUCUAGAGUUGUACCCUUAACCGACUGAGCCACCCGGUCUCCCCUCAUAGAUGAUUUCUUAAGAGCCCUUCAGGUCCAGAAUUUUAUUACCAAAUAUUGUGACCACAUUAGAAAUACCCUCAGCCCAUAGAGUUGUGAGAGGGAGUUAGUUCUCGUUGUCAGACAAACAGCCGUGUGUUAGGGUGCGCAGUUAAGCUGGUGUGACUAAGAGCCAGCUAAUGGGUGUCUCCAAGAACAGAGUUGGCUGGAGGUGAAUGGCUUGGUUGGUGGGGGGUACUGCCUCAGUUGGUCAUUCAGAGACACAAAUUUCUUCUCCCCUGUUUUUCUACCAUACCCUAAGGUAUGGUUGGUUCUCUCUGUGUUGUCCUUGCCCCAGCUUACAAAGAGACAGAAGUGUUCACUCCACGUCUCAAAGCCUGAAGGUGUCACACCACCCUUUUUUUCAUUUUCAGUUCGUCCAUGAGAACUUAGUCCCAUGGCCAUACCCUGGGGAAAGGGAGGCUGGGAAGUGACACCUCACUGGGUGCUGGGCUAUAAUUAUGGAAGAAGGAGAUGACUGUCUCUGCCACAAAUCGUACAGUGUUAUAGUUUUGCUGCUGGACUCUUCCCUCCCUCCCCCCACCCCAUCAGGAUGAUAUGAGACUUGAAAGAAGACGAUGCAUACAGGAGGAGAGACUUCAGCAUGCAAACCUUCAUCUGUUCGGCUUGCACCGUCAUUUUCAUUCCAUGCUGCUGGCCUUCAGAUGGCUGGACAGAUGCCCCAUUCACAUCAGUACAGUGACCGUCGCCAGCCAAACAUAAGUGACCAACAGGUUUCUGCCUUAUCUUAUUCUGACCCGAUUCAGCAACCUCUAACUAACCAGGUGAUGCCUGAUAUUGUCAUGUUACAGAGGCGGAUGCCCCAAACCUUCCGUGAUCCAGCAACUGCUCCCCUGAGAAAACUUUCUGUUGACUUGAUCAAAACAUAUAAGCAUAUUAAUGAGGUUUACUAUGCAAAAAAGAAGCGAAGACACCAACAGGGCCAGGGAGACGAUUCUAGUCAUAAGAAGGAGCGGAAGGUUUAUAAUGAUGGUUAUGAUGAUGAUAACUAUGAUUAUAUUGUAAAAAACGGAGAGAAGUGGAUGGAUCGUUACGAAAUUGACUCCUUGAUUGGCAAAGGUUCCUUUGGACAGGUUGUAAAGGCAUAUGAUCGUGUGGAGCAAGAAUGGGUUGCCAUUAAAAUAAUAAAGAACAAGAAGGCUUUUCUGAAUCAAGCCCAAAUAGAAGUGCGACUUCUUGAGCUCAUGAACAAACAUGACACUGAAAUGAAAUACUACAUAGUGCAUUUGAAACGCCACUUUAUGUUUCGAAACCAUCUCUGUUUAGUUUUUGAAAUGCUGUCGUACAACCUCUAUGACUUGUUGAGGAACACCAAUUUUCGAGGUGUCUCUUUGAACCUAACACGAAAGUUUGCACAGCAGAUGUGCACUGCACUGCUUUUCCUCGCGACUCCAGAACUUAGUAUCAUUCACUGUGACCUAAAACCUGAGAAUAUCCUUCUUUGUAACCCCAAACGCAGUGCAAUCAAGAUCGUUGACUUUGGCAGUUCCUGUCAAUUGGGGCAGAGGAUAUACCAGUAUAUUCAGAGUCGCUUUUAUCGGUCUCCAGAGGUGCUACUGGGAAUGCCUUACGACCUUGCUAUUGACAUGUGGUCCCUUGGGUGUAUUUUGGUUGAAAUGCACACUGGAGAACCUCUGUUCAGUGGAGCCAAUGAGGUAGAUCAGAUGAAUAAAAUAGUGGAAGUUCUGAGUAUUCCACCUGCUCAUAUUCUUGACCAAGCACCAAAAGCAAGAAAGUUCUUUGAGAAGUUGCCAGAUGGCACUUGGAACUUAAAGAAGACCAAAGAUGGAAAACGGGAGUAUAAACCACCAGGAACCCGUAAACUUCAUAAUAUUCUCGGAGUAGAAACAGGAGGACCUGGUGGGCGUCGUGCUGGGGAAUCGGGUCAUACUGUAGCUGACUACUUGAAGUUCAAAGACCUCAUUUUAAGGAUGCUUGAUUAUGACCCCAAAACUCGAAUUCAACCUUACUAUGCCCUGCAGCACAGUUUUUUCAAGAAAACAGCUGACGAAGGCACUAACACAAGUAAUAGUGUGUCUACCAGCCCCGCGAUGGAGCAGUCCCAGUCUUCGGGCACCACCUCCAGUACGUCUUCAAGCUCAGGUGGAUCGUCGGGGACGAGCAACAGCGGGAGAGCCAGGUCAGACCCGACGCACCAGCACCGGCACAGCGGCGGGCACUUCACAGCUGCAGUCCAGGCCAUGGACUGUGAGACCCACAGUCCCCAGGUGCGUCAGCAAUUUCCUGCUCCCCUUGGUUGGUCAGGCACUGAAGCUCCUACACAGGUCACUGUGGAAACUCAUCCCGUUCAAGAAACAACCUUUCAUGUAGCCCCUCAGCAGAAUGCAUUGCAUCAUCACCAUGGAAACAGUUCCCAUCACCAUCACCACCACCAUCACCACCACCACCACCAUGGACAACAAGCCUUGGGUAACCGGACCAGGCCAAGGGUCUACAAUUCUCCAACGAAUAGCUCCUCUACCCAGGAUUCUAUGGAGGUUGGCCAUAGUCACCACUCCAUGACAUCCCUGUCUUCCUCAACUACUUCCUCCUCUACAUCUUCCUCCUCGACUGGUAAUCAAGGCAAUCAGGCCUACCAGAAUCGCCCAGUGGCUGCUAAUACCUUGGACUUUGGACAGAAUGGAGCUAUGGACGUUAAUUUAACCGUCUACUCCAAUCCCCGCCAAGAGACUGGCAUAGCUGGACAUCCAACAUACCAAUUUUCUGCUAAUACAGGUCCUACACAUUACAUGACUGAAGGACAUCUGACAAUGAGGCAAGGGGCUGAUAGAGAAGAGUCCCCCAUGACAGGAGUUUGUGUGCAACAGAGUUCUGUAGCUAGCUCGUGACUAAAUUGAAACUUGAGUUUGUUUCUUGUGUGUUUUUAUAGAAGUGGUGUUUUUUUCCAAAAAACAAAGUGCAAAGCUGCUUGCAUCAGAAGGAGAUUAACACACUGAACCGCUACAAGAGGGCAAAGCUGACUUCUUUUUUUUUUUUUUUAACUUGAAAAGAUUGCAAAGGGACAAUGAAGUUUUUAAAAGAGCCAUGUCCAAACCCAUCGUCAUGGAUAGCGCAGAGGUGUCCUCUUUUUGCCUCCCCCAUUUUAACUUGCCACACCCCAGUCAUAGUGGGGUUGUUUUUUUUGUUUUGUUUUGUUUUUUUUUUUUUUUUGUCUUUCUGUUCCACAAAAGUUAAUGUUCAGAUGUUGGUCUUGGUCAUUUGCCAACUAAUUUUAAAAUAAAAAGGCACUGCACAUAAUUUGCAUCAAGGGCCCCUUGAGGGUGUUUUUUUUCUUUUGGUUCCCACCCCUCCCCUUUUUUUUCCCCUCUCUUGUUUGUUUUGUUUUGGGUGGGGGGGUGGGAAAUUUGGGUUUCUAAGUCCUCUAAACACACUUGGGCACGGAAAUGCAGUACUGUAAGGAAGAGGGACCUCCAGCUUACACAAACAUCACCUUCAGCUCUAUGGAAGGGACGGUUGUAUUGGAGUUUGUAAGGCACAGUAAGCAUGCUAAGUGGCGGGGAUCAGAACUCUCCUGUCUGAACCUACUGAGGAGCAAAGCAGCAAUUACAUGGGAUCCUGUGGGUCUCCUGUUGUAGAGGCCACAGUAAGAUAGUAAUGGAACAUGACCGGUCUCCUAACCAAGGUGCACUGAGAAGCAAUCAACGGGUCAGUCGUGGCCAGUCCUGGGGAGGUCUGAGUGGUGGUCUUUGGGAUAACCUUUGGCCUUAUGGAUUUGGACUCGAAAUUAGAAGAGCCUACCAUUUCAGAUGCAAUCACUUUUGGACAUGCUUUUGCAGACAGUCCUUAAUGCUGAAAACACAGAGAAUGGGUAAUUCAAGAGGCCUUUCUUUUAAAAUAGACUUGUGACCCACUAAUUGUAAGGUAUUGCAAGGUCACUUUGCGUGUGUCAUAAAGUUGACUUCCUUAUUGGUUGAAGGUCACAGAAGUAGUGGUUUGCUUUGAUGGAAAUAGCUACAGCUGUGUCCCUUCCUGCUUUUUNUUUUUUUUUUUUUUUUUUUUUUUUUUUUUUUUUUUUUUUUUUUUUUUUUGCUUUUUUUUUCUCGGCACGUGGUAUCUCCACCAUUUCUUCUGCACAAAGAUGUCUUCUGUUCAUCCUGAACAUUUUUAAAAAAUGCAGAAUUUUAUGUGACUGCUUUUUUGCCUCACAAUUAUGCUGUGAAUUUUACAAAAAUUUAUUUUCUUUUUUGAUAAUUUAUUGUACCAAAGCUGUUUUUAUAGCACAUAGAUGUCUGUAACCAAUAAUGUAGCAGUUCUGCACUUUGACACAAGGUGUAACUAGACCAUUUUUAAAUGUCAGUUGAAAAUUAUGGCUGUACUAUUGCUUAAACAAAACUGGAACUGUUGUUGAAUCCAUAGCCAAUACAGCUGCAGCAGUCUGUGUACUGAGCAUAAUAGAUUGACCUCUAAUUCAAGAUCCCAACAUCUGUUACAUUCUAAAUGUGUUCAGGCUUCUGAAGGUAAAGGGACACUGGAUCCAGAAGCUGUGGAGCCAGCAGCUGAUUCGUGUAUUCCUGAUUAACCUCCUUGUAGACUUGAAAGCAAGACCUCGAUUGCACCGACAGGUCAAAAAUCCGAGCACGAGUAAAGCAGAACUCUCAUGCGUGACCUGAAGUGAACAGGCUGGUGUCGAACAGGUGCCUAGUUUUGAGAUUCUGCUGCCUUAAUGUAACACAGGCUGGCAGUGGCUAAAUUUGUGUUCCCAUUUUAAAUUGACCAAUUUUAGGGUGUUAUACUUUUGAGCGGUUGAAUUGGGAGAAUGAAGAGAAGUAGUUUUUAUCUCUCCAGGAUCAAAGAAGCCUAGGAAAGAAGCAGUAAUCUACCUCUGCCGAUAACCCUGUUCAGAACAACUCAGCAGAACACCAUAUUACUUUUUAUUGGUCAAUUCCAUGGGGCUGACUAGGUCAAUUUUUUCUGAACAAAAGCAGGUUUUUAUAUGUAAACAGUGACAAAAGAAAGGCUUAAAACUAUGUGAAUGUGAAUGGAAACUUGGAAAAUAUCCGUUUUUAUAAUCCACAAAUUUUUUUGUUGUUAAUCAGGAAAUCCAUAUUUAUUUUGUAAUUAAAUGUCAAGCCUGUGGAUGAUUUUUGAACUUGGUAGUUCAUAAAGGUUUACAGUGAAUAAAAGGAUAUCAUCUUGAGUAUAGCAAUAUCAAAAGGAAUCAGUAGUUACUGCUGUUGAGGAAUAUGAGGGGAAGAUAUUACAUGGGUCAGGUCAUUUUUUUCUGUGCUGGUUGCCACAUCUUAGCAAGCACCAAAAAAACAAAAGCAGUUUUUACACUGCUAUUUACAUAAAGGAAAUCAUAAAAUCCAGUGCUUCUGCAUACUGUGUUAUGUUACAGUCCAGUUUUGUGUGCUUUACUACACGGUUUGGUUACAGGACUUCUGUGCAUUGUAAAACAUAAACAGCAUGGAAAAGGUUAAAUACCUGUGUGCAGAUUGUAAGAUCUGGUCCGGACUUGCUGUGUAUAUUGUAACGUUAAAUGAAAAGAACCCCCCUUUGUAUCAUAGUCAUGCGGUCUUAUGUAUGAUAAACAGUUGAAUAAUUUGUCCUCAGACUCUUUACUAUGCUUUUUUAAAAUUAAGAAAAAUGUAAACAUAGUAAAAAUCUUCUAUGCAAGUAACCUGGUCCAGGUAAUGGUCUGGUAGGUAUAUUGAGUGUAAGUUUGGUCCAAGGUGUGAAAAGGAAAAUAGGAUUUAUGUUGACCUAGGUAGGCGUCCCAGAUCUUGGGAAGUAAAGAUUGGAGGUUUUGAUUUUGAUCAUUUUUGAGUUUUAAGAUGGAUUCUCUCUAUGAGUGAUUAACUAUAUUCAGUUUCUUUCUGGUUCGAAGUGCUAAUAGUUUGUGGUGUUCAGAAUGGCUUUGGGGGUUCAGUGGUUUUCUCUAAGAGAAAGCAAGAGGAAAUACACGUCGUCUUGUUCCUCCUUCCCCAGAUCCUCGUAUGGGGGUGAGUCAGGGACUUUCUUGUACAGUCUGAAACGCCUGCCACAGUGCAUUUGUGUCUGACCUACAGUCUUCUCUUUUUAUAAACUAAUCUGUAAGUAUGUAUUAAGGUGCCUAUCGACAAAGGCAAAAAAAGCUUAUUCAAAAAAGUUAAAUGUGAUUCUGUAGAAUGCAUGUUGGCCACACAGAGUUAGACUUAAUAUGUAAGAAAGAAAAACUUGCUUUAGUUUUUUUCUUAGGGUAUGAGCAUUUUCCUUAGGUAAGUGGCACAUUUUUGUGGUAUCAGACUUCAGAAACCUUAGGCUUAUUUUAAUGAUGUUAGAACUGUCUGUAAAAAAUCAUUACGGCUGCAGUCAUUCUAGAAGGACAAAUGGCUGUUGCAUUUGUGACUGUAGCCUCCUUUCCAGCUCCUACGUUGUUAAACUUACUGUUAAAAUAAGUCAUAUAAUAAGGAAAUACAUAAACUACAAAGACGAGAUAGCAAAUGCCCAAUUUGUUCCAGGUCCCCCAAUUUCCUUUUGGCCUCUACUUUGCCCGCUGUCGGAAUACAAGCUCAGUGCUCAUUUUUAUAUCCAUCUCUGUAGUGGUGGCCGUAACUAAUAGAUAGGUGAUUUGUUCCAGAUACAGAGGUUGGCCUUAGUGCCAUUUAUGAAGACCAUUUGAAAUUUUAAGCUUAAGGCCGGGGGGAACGCCGACUGUGGUGCACUGAGACUAUUCAGAUUUCUGAGAACGCUCCCUGGGACAGCUGGUGGCCCAGCAUUGAGAAGCCGUGGGUGUCAGAGUAGAGCAGACGUUCUCAUUUUCUUAAUCUUGGAUCUCCUUCCCUAGACUUAAUUUUCUAGGGUGAAAAUACACAUUGAGUCAUUUUUAGUAGAACAAGAAAAGAGAAGAGCCUAAGAAAAUAGCUUAUUUUAGCCUUUGUUGUCCCUCCUCACGCGUAGCAGUCCCCUGUCAGUGUGUCCACCGAGAGCCGUGCUCUGGGUCAUCUGGCCUUUUGCCCUGUGCUGGUAGUUGUUACAUAUUUAAACACGGUGUUCCAAGCACCAGGUGUUUUUUGUGCAAGACUCACUGAGGAAGGUAAGUGGACCAUCGGGGAGGGGGGUGGCGUGUGUGUGCGCGCGCACGUGCGUGUGGGUGUGAGUGUGGACACCCACGGUCCCAGGUUUCAGGUGCUUGAGGUGAGCGGGGAGAAAGAACCGGGUGUUCUUCUCAACUUUCUCAGAGAGGACAAGGUAUUUGCUAUUGUUAAAUUUUCUCAAAUUCUUACCCUAAAUCUUGUUCAAAGGACAAAAAGCUAUUUCCCCAACGAAAACAUUGAGGUUUAAGCGCACGCGUGAUAACCAGGUGCAGGUAUCCCCUCCUUCCCAAAAGUUGGCCUUCGCUUUGACAAAGGACGACCUACAUGAGAACGGUGACAGCUGUCUUCUAAGAGCGAACACCCUCUUGCGAUUCCUGGCAGUCAGCGAGGGCCGCGCCCGCGUAGGCCUCGGGCCACUGGGGCUCUAACGACAGUGCUCAGACAGCGGGAACCUGGCCCUGGACACCCCAGAUUUCGUCCACAGUCUCUCUCCCCGAGGAGGUUUGGUUUUCAUGGUUGCCCACCUUGAGAGUAUGUCCUUUUACUGCCAAGUGUGCGGGGGGCGGGGGAGCCUAAGGCGUGCGUGCGUCCCUGCCUUCCGCAGGGGAACCCGGGCACGCUGCUUCCAGGCAGCGCCGAGGCACGACGAGCUUCCGGCUGCCCUCCCUUAGCUUUCACGGGGCAUCACGUGUCUGGGCUCGCCUGGGUUCUGAAGGCGCAGAGUGCCGGAGCGGGGAUCAUCUUGGCUAAAAAAAUGCACUUUUUAAAUGGGGAGGUAAAAUAAUGGCAAAGUUGCUGGUGGAGGAUGGGGGACAUGGGGUCGGGGCCUGGGCAUCUGCGUUUUCAAAGCAACGUGCCAGGUGGUCCUGCACCUGUAGCCAGGCGUGAUCACGGGCAGGCAGAUGCAUGGGGCCCAUCUCACAAGUCUGAACAAGAGAGCUUUUUAUAGUUUUAUUAUUGAAGUUUUUGUACAUACAUAUGUUAAUAUGUAAUUGAACAAGGUGUAAAAUGUAUCAAUGAACAACAAAAAUUCACAACUUAUACUGCAUUAUAAAAUGUUACAAACAAACCUGCAAGAGAGGCAGAAAUUACCAGAUACAAGUAUAUAAAACUUUGUACAAUUUUGUCUUUUGUCAUCUUCCCUUAUGGAAGUGGGAUGACGUGACGACAGCUCAGCUCCCAGAGGUCCCACGAGAACGACAGGUGUGAAGUUUCCCAGCAGCGGGCCUGGGGCCUGGGCCUCAGUAUCUCAGCCUCACGUGGUCUAUGUGAAGCCGCGGAGGAGUUCUCAGGGCGCUGGUCUGAGCAAGCAAACGUUUGGGAAGGCCUCACGAAGCAGGGACUGUGGUUUUCAGCUCUAGAAUUGGGGUCCAGUCUUGGGCAAGUCCCUUUCUGGGGAGUAACUGGUAUCCGCAGGAUGGGAUUCGACGCAGGCGUGAGCUAAUGCACAUAGGGUCCUAGCACACUAUGGGAAGCACUCAGUACAGUUGGUGACUAAACGCAGAGCUUGAGUCUGUAGCGUGCAUGAAUCACCUUUUUCUCUACGAGUCCAGCAAACACCAUGGGAGACAAGGUGAGUGGUGUUUCCUGUGAAUGAUUAAACGGGAUUAUUUUGCAGUUUACUUUUAUUUCUGGAGUCUGUAACUGGAUGUGCACUUUACUACUUGAUUUUGCUACUUACAUCUAUUUCAGCAUUCAUCACGUUUGCUUUGAUAUAAUGUAUGGUAUUUAAAUGUUUUGUAAAGGACGAUUUUUAAGUAGACUUUUUCUCUACAACUUCAGGGAGGCUGUUUGGAGGAAUAACUAUGGAAAGGCGCUGAGGUUAGACCUGGCCGUCAUGUGUCCAGUGGCCGCUCUCCGCUUGUCCAUCUUGCCACCCCAAGGCCUUAUCUGUUGUGUUUUUAGCCUUCAGAGUUGUGACUCAGAUCAGGGAGAAAAAGAGCAUAAGUAAAUGAUCUGUUCCCAGGUUCAUAAACUGAUAAUAUUGGGGAAGCUUUCAGAACUUCAUUGGUUAUAAGCCACAUUUGAAAGCAUUAAGGGGGUAACUGCUGCUGUUCUUUGCUUUUCAAUUUACUUUGUUGCUAUCCUAGGGGAGUGUGUACCUCCACCAGCUCAGGGUCCUUCAGUGUGAUUUCUUUUUCGUUCCCACGGGGUCCUCCCUCCCUUUGAGCAAACAUACGGACAAAAAUUUCAUAGGGCAAAAAGCCCGUUCAUCUGCGUCAGAAUAUACGUGACUGACAUUACCGCACAGGGACAGGUGUAUUACAUGGCCCGUGGCUUUGGAAAAAGAUGAAAAUGAUGGAUCUGACAGUGGGAUCUAAAUGUUCACCUGAGGUAGAUAAAAUUCUUCUGGGAGGUGCAGUUGUUAACCCCUGCCCCCCAACACACCCAAAAUUCAAGCAGCAGACAGCCUUCUACUUGUGAGUCCAGUCAGGCUGGCCUUCGUGCCUCCGACAGCUCCCCGUCUUUGGCCCGCCAUGUGCGGUGUGCGGGGCCUGGCAGGGGGAGUCCAGCACUGCUGCACAGCCCGGGGUCACGCGGGCCAGGCUGAGCCUCCUGUCGGCCUCGCUCGGUGCUUUGCUGUGUGCAGGCUGCUUGCACAGCAUUCGUCUCCUUCACACCACCCUCUGCCCCACGACUGACUCGCUCCUGGGUCUUCCUCCACAUGGGGGGUGGGCCCUGGCAAGACUGGUGUCUUCCUCCCCAGAGACAUGCUUUUCUGAAGGCCCCUCCUGCCCAUGGUGCAGUGGCCGAGAAGAUUCAAGCUGGAGGCCGUCCCACGUGGGUCCUUGCUGACUGGCCUUUCUCCCCAGCUCAGCCCUGCUGCCGCGAGCUCUGCCUCGGUCGCGCUAGCAGAGGGGGACCAGCGGCCACUGGGUACGAGGAGCGAGGCUGUGCGCUCCUCUACUGGUCAGGCUAAGACCGUGAAGUCUCUCCCUUACUUCCUGCAGAAGACACCCCAAAUCAGAGAAAGUGGAUAAUCCUGGACACAAUUUAAAAAUGAAAAGUCUACCCCAAAGAGAAAGAAUAUUAGCGGGAACCUUGCGGCAGCUGAUAGGAGCACUGUGGAAGACAAAUCAUGAGGGCCCGUCCUGUGCAAGGCACUUAGCUGUGUCCUAGGGAUGACACCAACCAGCGUGUCACUGUUUGUGGGCGUAGGGGCAGAUAGUUGGUGAAUAACCCCAAGUAACCCCAGUGUAUUCUGGUCUGGGGGCUGAUGUGAGUUUCCCUGAAGAAUUGAGGCUUAAGUGGUGGUAGGAAUGUUCUAGAAUUGAGAAGACAACAGUAUGUUCAAUGCCUGGUGUAAUGAGGAAUCGAGGCCUUGCUAAUAUAAGUUUUUAAGUGGAUAGAGUCUUUUUGGGAAGGAGAGUUAGUUGAUCUUAGGGAUUGAUUGGACGGAGUGAGAGGUGGUGAGGAGAGGAACUGGGUUUCUCCCAGCUUUUCAAUUCGGGUGGCUUUGCAGAUGGCCAAGUGCUGAUUGUGGGUGCCUGGAGCACUCAAGGGGGGAGCCGGUGUGCCAGAUACUCGUGUGUUCAGUUACAGGUUGCGGAGUGCGGGGGCUUACAGGGCAUCUAAGUGAAGAGGUCCAGUGGGCACGUCCCCAGAAGAGAAACGGUUGAAGGUGGGGAAAGUGGGCCUGGGGCUGGUGCCUGGGUGCUUCUCAGGCAGGUGCUGGUGACAAGGUGAUGGAUGGGGGAAAGAGCAGAGCCUGUGCACUUCAGCAUGACUAGCCUGUCUGUUCCCAAAGUUAGCCCCAUCAUGCCUUCCUUGACCCUCGGGGUCUCUCGGGUCACCCUGGGUGGUCUGGGACUGGCAACACCAGCCUCAGAACCUCGGGUCCUGCCCACACUGUCCGAAUAUGCAUCUUAACAAGGCCUGGGUGAUGUGUAAGCGUGAUCCGGUUUGAGAAGCAUGGUCCGCACCGCCCUUUACAUUUGGGAAAGCCUCAGAGGUCAAGCAGCUUGUUCAAGAUGCCACAGCUGGUCAGCGAGGGGCCCCUAGUGCAGCCGGUUCUUGGUUCUCCAUGCUGACUGGCUUUCAAGAUCACCUCGCACAACCGACAGCUGGUGGAGCCCUAGAAGCAGAGUCAUGGGUGAGACUAAUUUAAUCUCUGUUAAUAUAGAUUCUCAGCUCAGGGGCUGAAGUCCCCUCAGUUAUUUAAGAAUGACUGCGUUGUCCUCAACCGCUGGGAUGCCUAGAAAGUGUUUAUUUUGACAGGCUUUUCAUGAAUUUGGAGAUGAACUGAAGUAUCUCUGAUUUUUUUUUUCAUUUAAUGGGGCAACAAAAAUAGCUUCCAGGAGCCGCCGAAGAAUCCAGCGGAGACUGUGCUGCUUCCUCUUCCUCUCCCUAUUGCCACCCCCACCCCAGCCCUUUCUCUGUCAUUUUUGUCCCUUCUAGUUUCCAGGAUUCAAGAAUUCCUCUCCUGGCAGCAGCUCUAGGGGUGUUGGGAUGCAAAGCUGGGUAGCCCUUCGCUGCAGUGAUUUCCCAUGGGGCAUUCAGUCCCCCUUGUCUUCUCCCAUCGUCCCCCCAACUCCAGGCCCCAUAGGUUACUCUUCGUCCAGAUGCACUUGUGGUUAGACCCUUUCCAUGUGAGCGAGGGCCCUGGGGCCAUAGCUCUGGACCAAGGGAUCGGGAGGAGCUCUAGGACUCUGAACAAAGGUAAAAAUAGGGAUGGAAUGAAAGAGAAAAUAAUGCAUCGUGUUCUAGUGAUUGCCAGGGAAGCUUCAUUUGUCUCCCUGAAACCUUUCAGCUUGCUUUUGUGCUGCCGUUACCUGAAUUUCCCAGCUUGUGACCGGCAGCAAACCCUGGACACACCCUCCACGGUGGUGGGCCCUUCAGGAGCAGGAGAACUCUAGAAAGGCAGGGCUGACUGGCCCCUGCUUCCUGUCCAUUGUCAUAGAUGAAGUCUCUGCAGAUCACAGCCACUCGUUUGUGUGUUUGUGUGUGUGACCCGUCCUGGUAAGAAUGGUUUGUACACUUCAAAUGGUUGAAAAACAUCACAGGGUGCCUGGGUGGCUCAGUCGGUUAAGCGUCUGACUCUUGAUUUCAGUUCAGGUCAUGGUCUCAGGGUUGUGAGAUUGAGCCCCCGUGCUCUGUGCUGGGCAUGGAGCCUGCUGAAGAUUCUCUCCUUCCCUCUCCUUCUGCCCUUCUGCCCCCUCCCAUAAAUAAUAAGGUUGAAAAACAUCAAACGAAUAUUUUAUGAUGUGAAAAUUAUAUGAAAUUUAAAUUUCAGUAUCUGUAAGUGAAGUGUGUAUUGAAAUACCACCACAUUUUUAAAAAUUUGCAUAUUGUUUUGUGGUUGCUUUGGGGCUACGAUGGUGGAGUUGAGUAGUUGCCUCAGAGAGCUGUGUGGCACGUCACUUUGCUGCGUGGUGGACCACACGAUGGCUGCGAUCGGUCAUAGCUUAGCAUUCUGAAUGCCACGUGUAUGACUGGGGCUCCGUGUCAUAUUCUUUAUCACUGUCCACCCAUCGUCAACACAAGAAAGGAGGAAAGGAGAAUUUGGGCAUCACCGUGCUUCUCCAGCAUGGUGGAGGGUGUACUAUUUCGUUACUGAGUUAGGUGGUAACAUGCAAUGAUGUCGUAGCUGUCCUGGAGUACCACAGAUGUUGGCAUUCUCCAGCUAAACGUGCCCUGGCAUAUUUGUAACUCACAAGAAAGCGAUGGCCAGAAAAAUUAGAAAAUUUAAAAUUGAAUAUCUAAUCACAGAAUUUCCUCACACAAAUAAAGGAAAAUGAUGCUACAAGCAAAGUAGGUUUCUGAUGGGCUUGUUAGCUGAGCAGGGAAACCGCUUGUCCUGAGGUGAGUUCAUGAAAUCAUGUGGGAUGCAGCUGCUGAAGAAACACGCCCAGAGAAAGUGAAUUUGUUGAGGACUGCUCGCCUCUCACUGACAGCAGCUGCUCCAAGUGUUGAGGGUAUUACGAGCAGCAUCAAGUGUCCAUUCAAAACCAAGCAAGUGAGUUUGAGUGGUUGUCCCUGGCUCUCGUUACAAGAGUUGACCUACGUUACCUACAUGGCUCAGACGUUUGAUGAGCCUGUGCCAAGCUAGGAGUUACCGAAGAAUUCAGCUCUGCCAACAGUCUGCACGGAACAACUACAGGCAGAAAUGUCUUCAAAGUUGAGAAAAUGCGUUCAGUACAACCUGAAGUGGAAUCUGCUAAGAUGUGUUAACAGUCGAAGGUGGAAAAAAGUAACGUGUGGAAUGGAAAAGGCUUACUAGGACAAACUCACGGAGCUUGCCAUAGUAUCAGGUGUUAGAGCCUAUGGAGAUUUACUGUAUUGUUUAAGUCAACAGGAAUUUUGUGGAGAACAUUUGAAUCAUGUUCCUCAACCGGUGUUGUCAACAGUGAACUUCGUUUGCUCUUGUGGACUGAACUAUCAACAGUUCCCCUGAGUGUUCAUCAAUAGUAGCUGAAUAUCCUGACGUGGUCUGUCACACAGCAGUUCAGUGGUGUAGUCGUGGUAAUGUUUUAUUUCAAUUUUUGAGCUUAGGAUCGAGACUGAACUUUUUCUGAAUGAGAAGAACUGCCCUCAACCCCUGUUAUCAAACCACAAAGAGCUUUGGAAAUUAGCUUUGGCUGCAGACUUCAUUUCUCAAUGAAUUCUAUCUAAAAUCACAAGGCAAAACAAUGUUUGUAUGUGGAAUUCAUACUAUGGUAGAGUCAUUUCAAGAGGAGCUAAUGUUGGAAUCACAACCAAUGUUAGACUGCAUCAUUACACUUCCGGUGUUGUCAAGUUAACACAAGCUGCAAGGGUUCCAUUCCCACCCAUGUUUGCAGCAGACAUAGUAUCUGAGCUCAAACUGCAGCUCAAACUGUUUUAUAGACCUUAAUGCAAACCCCAAAGAAAUCUCCAUAUUGCAAGAUCCAUUCGACAUCAAUUGAGGGGUUCCCACCUAAUCUUCAGUUGAAGGGAUUAACCUGCUACAAGGCAAACCUCAAGAGAAAAAUCUAAUCAAACUCCAUAAAUGUCUUUCAAGUAAUAACUAUGCUCACCUGGAAAUCCUGCUACCAAUACUGUGAACUGUCCAUCCAUGUGAAUACUUUUAUCAAAGACGAAAGCUGUACAAUCUUACUACAGAUCAGCGUGACACAGAAAUGCAGGCGGUUGGUUUUGGUGAUAGGCAACUCUAGCUUUGAACCUCGAUUCAGUGCAAUGUUAUCCCCCCCACAUUAAAAUUAUUCUCGGGGUGCCUGGGUUGGUUGA